UAUUAUCAAUUUAGGUCCGAUAGAUAUUAGGGUUUUUGAUCCAAAGAAAAAGAUAUUAGGGUUUCCUAAUCUUCGUUAACACAGUAGCUUCACUCAAUCAUCGUGACUCUUGGGAUCUUGAAUCCUCCGACUAUCGCCCCUGUGACGUCUUAACGUCUCGGCUAGGAGAUACAUUUAUCCAAGCAUUAACGACAUCUCUACCAUUCCUCCCACUCUUCCUCAUUGGCCUUAUCAUCCACCAAAUGACUAUCUGCUCAAGCUUUUGCUCAUUGGUUAUUCUGGUGUUGAUAAAUCUGCUUGCGUCUAAGGUUUUCUCUACAUCAGCACCAUUGGUGUUGACUUCAAAAUCCACACUGUCGAACAAGAUGGAAAAACUAUCAAACUCCAGAUUUGGGCCACAACAGGUCAAGAGCGUUUCAGAACGAUCACCAGCAUUUACUACAGAGGAGCUCAUCCGUGAUUAUGGUGUUGGCAAAUCAUGGUUGCUUCUAAGGUUUGCUCUGCAAACUGCCCCGGACCGCCACCCCUUCACUUUCGUGCUGAAACGUAAUGACCAUUCUCAUUCAGGACCACACAUCGACUGAACACCUUUCAAAUUCUCUAAGAAGGAGCCAUGUAUGAGCUCAGUGUUUCGAUGUUACAAAGGAUUAAUCAAAACUUCAGACUCUCAGACUCACCAGUUUCUAUCAGAUUCACCGAUAAAACUUAUUUUUAGAUUCAAAAACCAUCAACCCUAUUCCUACCGAGAUCUCCAGGUUCUGCACCUAUGACCAGCUGAUGUUACUGGGAUUGUUAGGUACUGUGUGCAGCUAUCAGUCUCAGAUGUCUUAGAGUCUACCGUGUUUGUCGCAUUCGAUGGUGAAAUGACGAAGCCGAUUAACGUCCAUGCUGCAGAGGUCAGGUCCCACAAAUUAUAGUUGUCACAAAGAAACAGCUGUGAUCCAAUUUUUUUAUGAAUAUUCUCUAAAAACUUGCUCAUCAACUCCUGUUUGUUGAAGUAAUCAAAGCCUAGGUACAGCAGCAUGCUUACUUCAUCGACGAUUGCUUCAUAAGAAAAAGGCCCGACAAAGACAAGACGACCAAAAGACCACUCAUUAACAUUGGUAGAACGCGACAUGUAAGAUAUUUUCUUAAAUACACUCAGGUUUAGUUAUAAUGAAACGCAGCUGUUUCAUAAACAUUCCGACAGCCAACAAAUCCAGAGUUUACGAAUAGUUCACUUUCUUAAACAGAGACCAACGAUGAAGUUAAUGUUGCUGGAGAUUGCUGCAAAGCAAAUGAAUGAUUAGAAAGAUAAGCACACAUGAAAAGCUACCAAAUAUUGCAAGCAUUUUUUACAUGCGAUGAAAUAAAAGAUAAUAAUAUGGCCUUGGUUGUUUGAGUGUU